AAGCUGUAAAAAAAUCAUUUAAUUAUAACGCUGAAAUGUAACGCAUAAUAAGAAGCGCGAGUGCGGCGAGUAGCGUGCCCUUCGUUGCCCGCUCGAUAAGAAGAAGAGAGAUAGAAAACAGCAUAUCUGUCCUCUUCUGUUAUCUGAAGUUAGCCGAAGCGCCGAGCUCACAUGUACGCAGUUCGCGCUUGUGUCUGUUAUCCCUUCUACCACGGUUUGGCGUGAUGCGCGUCCCGAAUCUGGCAUCACUGCCAACAGGGCGGGUGCGGGAGGGGGGCCAAAGGCCUCUUUGGACCGUGCCACUGUGUAUGUGCGCGAGCGUGCGCGCUUCCUGUCCAUGCAUAUACUUUGUGUUCAUAUCUUUCUAUUCCGUGCGAGAUCUUGGCGACAAGUCCAAGACAAGAGGACAACGCAUAGCCCCUGCUCCGUGGAGUCGAGAGUCAUCGUGCCGGUGAGGUUAUCUCGCUAUAUAAUAGCCGCGUGCGUUCGCGACGUUGGAAUCAAUCGUUCUACCGUCGUAGCCGCAAUUUCGUGUUAUUUUCGCGUUCGAGUUAAGCUCGAAAUUUUGAUGUUUAUCGCGUUGUCAUUAGCUUAAUUUUGAUGCGACACGGCACGUCAGCAAGCGAUUCAAGCCCCGAAACAUCUUAAGUAUUGGUUUCGCGGAUUAACACAUUAUUGCGCGUUUAAUACCGCAUGUAUCGUUUCUCUGAAGAUUCUAAAUACGGCGUAAUUCGGCGUUCGCACAGAUUCUCGCCCGUCUAGCGUCUAAGUGGUGUAUGCGUGAUUUGUCUGCCGUUGAAUACGCAGGCUUAAUAAAAAUAAUUUUUUGAAACGAUAUGGUAUAAAAAAUAUAUAAAUAUAUCCUUUCUAAAAAAGGCAUGAAACCUCGAACUCGAAUACAUCGAAAUGAUGAAGCCUCUUUUCCGCGAUACUGAUUGGUUCCGUCAUUGCGCUUACUUUGUGAGCGGCUGUCAGUGUAUUAUAUUUUGACAGUUAUAUUUAUCAAGAGGUUAAUUGUGUAUUGAAAAUUGUAUGUCAUUAAAAAUGUAUAAUGAAAAAAAAAAAAUGGCGCGCGCAAAGUGCGCGCUUUGUGUUGUCUAGUGACAUAAAAAGGCUGUAAAAAAACAUUUGAAGCUUUCCCACGUAUCAAGCAGUGAGCAUCGCUGCCUAUCGUUUUUGUUGCCGGCUUGGUAGAAAAGAGAUAGAAAAUCAUAUAUCUGUCUUUUUCUAUUAUCCGAAGCUAACCGAAGCGCCGAGCUCAUACACGGUUUUCGAUUGGUGCGUUAUUCUUUCUACCACAUUUUGGCGCGUUGCAUUUCUCGAAGUUAGCCUAGCAUAACUGCAUGAGAUGCUUUGUGUCUAAGAAGAUUUCGAUUAACUUUUAAUAAGAUUCAUUUCGUUUUGUAUGUGACUGAAGCAUAUUAUGUGAAGAAUGUCACAAUAUAUAUUAGUCUUUUGUAAUUAUCAUAAAUAUUAUGUGACAAAUAUGAAAUAUGGAAGAAUGAAGUGUACAGUUAAGAAUGAUAAGAAUCGUAAGAAAAUAUGUACUAUACGUACAAUUGCACGAAAUAAAAAUAAAACUAACCUUUCUGCAAUUGCUGAAAAUUUAAAUAGAAAUAAUCCAUGCAUUGUUCUGGAUGCCACAUUUUCCAAUUACUGUGGUAAUAAACAAAGUAAAGACUGUGAAUCUUAAUGUAACAAUUUCUUAUAAUAACAGCAAAAGCAAAACAGUAGAUAUCAAUACUAAUAAUUCUACGAAUGAUACUAAUACUGAUAAUAAUAUAGUUUCCUGUGAUAAUGACAAAGAUCAAAGCAUAGUAGAUAAUGUUAUCAAUAAUUCUACGAAUGAUACUGAUUUUGAUAAUAACACAAUAUUUUCUUGUAGUAAUGACAAUGGCUGUAAAACAGUAAAUAGUGAUAUCAAUAUCGAUAAAUCUACGAAUGACAUUAAUCUCUCUGAUAAUAAUAUAUUUUCCUGUGGUAAUGACAAAGAUCAUAGCAUAAUAGAUACUGCCAUUAAUUAAAUUCUGUUAAUGGUACUGAUUUUGAUAAGAAAGUAAUAUAUUUUUAUGUUAAUGAACAUGGUCACGUUACAUUAAAUAAUGAAAGUUGUAUCAAUGAUCCUAAGAAACAUGCUAUGGUUUCUAAGAAACAUGAUUGUGAUAAUGCCAUGAUAUUUUCCAAUGAUUGUGAUAAUAAAUGUAAUAGAAUAAAAGCUACAAAACAUAACGUUAUUUUCCUGCGAUAACGACAGUAACAAAACGAUGAUGAUAGAUGGUGAUAUUAAUGCCAAUAAUUCCAUGGAUGGAAAUGAUUCUGAUAAUAACAUAUCAUUUUCCUAUGAUAAUGACAGAAAUCAUAGUAUAGUAAAUAGUACUAUUAAUGCCAAUAAUUCUACAAAUGAUUUUGGUAAUAAUGUGAUAUUUUCUUAUGAUAAUAACAAUGUGUGUAAAACGGUAGAUAUCAAUAUCAAUAAUUCUAUGAAGGAUAAUGAUUGUAAUAAUAAUAUAUCAUUUUCCUGCAAUAAUGAUAAAGAUCACAACAUCGUAUUAGAUGAUGUUAUUAAUGUCAACAAUUGUAGAAAUAAUACUGAUUUUGAUAAUAACGUGAUAUUUUCUGUGAUAUUUUCUUGUGAUAAUGACAAUAACUGUGAUACUGCAGAUAAUGAUAUUAAUACCAAUAAUUUUAUGAAUAACAAUAAUAAUAUGACAUUUUCCUGUGACAGUAAUAAUGCCAAUGUUUCUGCAACUGGUGUUGUUCUCAAUGAUGUUAUGAUAUUUUCCUAUGACGAUGAUAAUAAUUCUAGUAUAUUAUAUGAUCUCACUAAUGCUAAAACUUCUAUAAAUUAUAAUAAUAGUGAUAAUAAUAUAACAUUUUCCUGUGAUGAUGAAAAUAUUAUUAACAACGUUGCUGGCGCAAACAUAACGAAUACUUCCGAGUAUUUACCUUCAACAUCGGAAAUUACAAUUGAAAAAGAGACUACAAAACACGAAAGCAUCCAUAAUAACAAUUCUACAAUUAAUAAUAAAAAUUCUUCAGAGUCACUGGUAGACAUUUCUUCUGUAAACACAUUUGGUUGUAGAGAAAACGAUUUAUAUGUUCCGUUCUCUCAACCUAAAGGGCUUAAAAAAAAAAUUUUUGUUACUAUUGCAAAAAGUUUCAAAGUAAAAUUACACGCCAUUUAGAAAACGUGCAUAAAUUGGAAUCUGAAGUGAAAAAAUUUGCAUUAUUACCAAAAGAUAAUUUAGAGAGAAAAAAAAAUUAUAGAAACUAUUAGGAGGAAAGAGAAUUUUAUAUACAAUACAGAUCCUUCCAUAAAUACGGGAGAGUUAAUUGUUUGUCGAAGACCUGCCAAAAAUAAUUGCAAAACAGUACGAGAUUUUACGUGUUGUGCGAAGUGUAAAGGUUCACUAAAAAUAAUAUCAAGCACCAUUUUAAGCAAUGUGCAUGUGUAAUCAAAGGCAGAAAUGUACAAAUUUUAGAACGUGCUGUAAUGGGAAGAAUCCAUGAAUGGGCAAGUGAGACAGUAAGAAAAGUUUUAUUCCCGGUUUUGAGAGAAGACGAUGUUACACGAUGUAUUAGAUACGAUAAAUUAUUAAUAACAUAUGCAAACAAAUUAUGUAUCAAGUACAAUCAUCAACAUCAACAAGACAUGAUACGUGCUAGACUUCGAUUAUUAGGACGGUUUCUUAUUGCAGUAAAAGAGUAUAAUUCUAACAUAACAAGAGUAUAAUUCUAACAUAACAGAGUUUUCUGAUAUAUAUGAUCCUUCCAUAUAUGAUAAUUGUCUUAAAGCAGCAAAUAAAAUAGCUCAUUUUGAUGACAUUAAUAAAAAAUAUGGUGCACCAUCAGUUGCGUCAAAUAUUGGAACAAAUUUAAAACAAAUUGGUAAUUUGUUAAUAACAGAAUGCAUUAAAACAAAUAAUAUAGAAAAGCAAAAUACCACAGAAAAUUUUUUGAAAUUAGUACAAGAAGAUUAUGGAAUAUCUAUAAACAAAACAGUAGAAGAAAAUGUUACACAAUAUAAACGACAGAAAAAAGUUACGCUUCCAUCUAUGGAAGAUAUAAAAAAGCUACACUCAUAUCUAAAAAACCAAAGAAAAUUAUUAUAUGCAAAACUUCAGAAAAAAUUUAUGUGCAACACAUGGCUGGAACUUGCAAAAGUUACACUUACAUCCACACAAGUUUUUAAUAGAAGAAGAGCAGGAGAGAUUGAACGUGUUACUAUAGAAGAUUUUCAUACUCGCGAAGGUAUAACGAAAGAAACCUAUUUAGAUUUAUAUAAAUCAUUAGAAACAAAUUUACAACAGAUUGCUGAUAAAUACGUAAGAUUUUUAAUUCGUGGGAAAUUAGGACGCACAGUGCCUGUGAUUUUAGACGUGGAAGUUAGUUCGAUGUAUUGAAUUAAUUUUGAAGCAUCGAAAGGAUGCAAAUAUUCCUGAAAAAAAUCCAUAUGUGUUCGGCAUACCUAAUAACACUAGCAAUAAACGCUAUUUCAAAUAUUUAAGAGAGUGUAUUCUUAUGCGAAAUUUUUCUAAAAAAUGUGGUGCACAAAUACCACAUUUAUUAAGAGGUACUGAAUUACGCAAACAUAUUGCUACAACGUGCAUUACGUUAAAUUUAUCUGAAAAUGAAGUGGAUGAUUUGGCAAACUUUAUGGGACAUCACGAAAAAAUUCAUAAACGCCACUACCGUCAAUCAAUACCAGCAAUAGAGAUCAUUCGUAUGACGAAAUUUCUUCAACUA